AUGGACAGGGAAACGCCUGAUGAACGCCCACUGGUCGGAAACGACGGCGACUGGAAGAAGGAAAAAUUAGAAAAACUUGAAAAAUCAAAACAGGUUCAGUUAAGCGCACUGGAUGAUCUCGUUUCUGUGAACUCCCUUUUCACAAUAGCCAUCUUCUUGGGCUUAGCCUUCGCAUCUCCAUCUCAACAAAGCCUUGAUAAUCGACCGGAAUGUUCACCGGACGUCAAGAUGGAAAAGAGGCUUGUUCUUUAUGAAGUAGUAUCGUUUGCUUGCUUUCUCCUUUCAAGCCUGGUGGCCAAAUCUCUCAAGCUUUUCAUCAAUGUCCAAGACACCAAAGAAGCUAUGCAUGUUGAUCGAGCUCAUGAAUAUAAAGUGAUAAAGCCAAGUAGAGGUUUCAUGAUACUUUUGUCGGUGUUGGCGUCGACGAUUGGGGUGGUUUUUUUGACGAUUUCAAUGGUUGAUGUUGUUCAGAUAAAGAUCGGGAAGAUGUCGUGUGGGAUUUAUGAGACUCGUGCUGCUGUGAUAUCGCUAUGUGCUGUUGUGGCUCUGGCUCUCGUCAUUUAUUUACCUUCUACUGUGAUAACUAUUUUACGUUGUAUGUGUAGCCGUUAA